AAAAAACAAAAGUCAAGGGGUAAAUAAGUAAUCAAAUCUCUUUAUAUAUCCAAAUAAUCUGUUUCAAUAAAGUCCCAAAUCCCAUCAUAGAAGCUCUCUCUCUAUCUCUCUUUCUCUCACUCAAUAAAAUAAGAGGAAAAUAGUAAUAAUAAUAAUAAUAAAUGGUUGGAGAAGCAUCCCAUAAUAAUAAUCCCAAACCUCUCCACCUUCUACAACUCUUCUCACUCAAAAUCUCACCUUCUUCCUCUCCAACUUCAAAUAACUCAUCAUCCAUUAUGAAGCUCAAAACCCUUGUCAACACACUGGUCUGGUGCCACGUGCGACGCUUACUCCGGACCCUCUCAACAGCCAAAUCAAAAACCAUCUCCAUUGUCGUCCACACCAUAAAAGAAGCCCAAACGAUGCAGCUGAUUAUUCACCCCUUAACGAAGAACAAAAACAAGAAAAAGAAGAGCACCAAGAGCAUAUUCUUUGGCUCUUUCAGGCUCCACUACAACUUUUGCUCCUCCAAAUACUCCCACGUGCUUCCCGUUCCGGCCCCAGUUUUCGACGGCUUAUCACAGCUGGCGCCGCCGGCUCAUGGCAGCACCCAUUUUUACUAUGACUCCACGUGGAAUAAUUCAGUUAUACAAACUGGGACUAGUGGUGAUCAUGGUCACGAGGAUGAUUCUCAGCUCUCUGGUUACUUGCAAUGGCUUGAGGAGAGGAAGGUGCAUGGUAAGUCAUCCGGUGGGUGCGCAACAGAUUUUAAUCAGACGGGUGGGGAUGCGCCAGCUGUACCCAACGACGACAUUGAUAAGUUGGCUGAUAUGUUUAUUGCCAAUUGUCAUGCUAAGUUCAUUUUGGAGAAACAAGAGUCAGCUAGGAGAUUCAAGGAAAUGUUAGAGAGAAGUGCUUAAUUAAUUAAUUAUUUCAUUAAUUAAUUAAUUAAUGUCAAUUAGAUCUCUCCCACUUAUUAAGGAUCUUUUUUUUUCUUUGUCUUGGGAUGUAAAAAAAAACGAAGAAGAAAAGCAUAUAUGGUGGACUGGACGAUGAGGAGGAAAGUGUAGAAAUUAAAAUGGAUCGAGUGAGAGUUUUUGUGCUCUUAUUAGUUAAAAUCUGGCUCUUUUGGUUGUUCAAAAAAAAAAAAAAACUCUCCGUUUUGGUUAUUGUGUAUUUAUAUGCUUUUUUUUAAAUAAUUUUUUUUUUGGGUCUUUUGAGAAAAAUGGUGGGGUUUUGGAGUUUGGAGAGUGUUGUACAUGAUGAUCAUGAAGAGGGGUGAGUGAUCUGGGUAUUUGUGCAAUUCUUCUUAACUAAAUUAAAAUGGUGAUGAUAUUGCAUGG